UUAAUCACAACAUCAGAAUAGAGGAACAUAUUGAAAACGUUUGUUGCUGGUUGAUGAACAUAAAGAAAAAACUAAAAAAAUUUAUCCAAGGGAUAGAUGUAAAAUGAUUAUAUCAUGGUUAUUAUUUCAUGUACUACUUAAUUUUUUACUGAUCCAAUGCGACGGUAAAAAUGUAGAGGUGUAUAGUAAACUUAAGGAUCGAGCGAAGAGAGAUACAGAACUAGAAGAAACACUUGUUCACCUUCGCUCUCUUCUGAAGGAUCCUGUCGAUGAAGAACAUGAUAAUUUAGACACAGAAUCUGAUGACACCCAUGCACAUGAAUGGACACUUCAAAUUACAGACGAUGAUGACAAUAUUGCAAAAGAAAUUGCCAGCAAAUAUGGUUUUGAUCAUUACACCAAAGUGAGUGUUGGGCCUGGUGUAUAUCGGUUUUCUCAUGACGGUAAAACGUUUGCAGAAACCACUGAUGAUGGAACUAUUGUUGAUGAAUCUACCACAGAAAAAAUUGUUUCAAAAAGAGAUCGUAUAGAAGGUGUUAAAAGAUUAGCUGAAGAUGAAAAAGUUAGGUGGUAUAAGAGAGAGAGAAUUCUAUCUAGGGAAAAACGAGUUCCAGAAGAUUCUAAAAAUCUGCAACAACAUGCUUUUGUACUAAACGAUCCGAAAUUGUCUCGUCAAUGGUACAUAAAAAAUGUGGGACAAACAGCUGGCCCUGCAUCCUCUGAUAAUCACACAUUUGACAGUAACAUUUUUCCUGUAUGGGAAAUGGGAUAUACUGGGAAAGGUGUUGUUUUAUCAGUACUGGAUGAUGGUAUGGAUCACACCCACCCAGAGUUAAAAGACAACUAUGACCCAAAAGCAAGUGUAGAUCUAAACGGUCAUGACAAUGAUCCGUUUCCAAAUGAUAGUGACCCAUACAAUGCUCAUGGCACAAAAUGUGGUGGCACUAUAGCUGCCAAAGCAAACAAUUCCAAAUGUGGUGUUGGUAUAUCAUUUGAUGCAAGUAUUGGUGCUAUUCGAAUGUUGGAUGGAAAAGCAACUGAUGGUUUGGAAGCAAAUGCUUUAUCAUUUCAUCGAAACCAUAUUGAUAUUUAUAGUUGCUCUUGGGGUCCGAAGGAUAAUGGACAAACUUUUGGUAGGCCAGGUAGACUUGGUCGUAUUGCGUUAGCUCAAGGAACCAAAUAUGGCAGAAAAGGAUUGGGAUCAUUGUUUAUUUGGGCAACUGGAAAUGGGGGUACUAUGUCGGAUGAUUGUAAUGCAGAUGGGUAUGUCAACAGUAUCUACACGCUUGGUAUUGGCUCCGUAAAUGAACAUGGUGUAUCUACAUACUACGGUGAAAAAUGCCCAGCCAUGAUGGCAGUAACAUACUGUAGUGGUAAACAUACCAACGAUUAUUUCGGAGAUAUGCAUGCUGAUGUUAUUACAACCUAUCUUCAUCAUCAAUGCACGAAGCACUUUGUUGGUACGUCAUCUGCUGCUCCUCUUGCUGCAAGCAUAUUUGCGCUAGUGUUGCAAGCAAAUCCUAAGUUAACAUGGAGAGACUUACAGUAUCUAGUGUUUCACACUGCCAAGAAAAUCAGUCCUUUGGACCUUGGAUGGAGUACGAAUGGGUGUGGUAAACCGUUUAAUCAUAAAUUUGGCUUUGGAGUUCUGGAUGCGCAUAAGUUAGUCAAAGCGGCGUUGAAUUGGACCACUGUUUCUGAGCAGAAAAGUUGCCAUUUCAGGUUGAACUUUAAAAAGGGGGACAUUCCAUCGCGUCACCACUUUAAAUUAAACUUCACCACCAAUGGAUGUCAAAGUUGCAAGAAGAAAAUGGAAGAUGGUAAAUGCAAGAAUGCUAUCACAAAAUUGGAGCACGUCGUAGUUAAUGUCACUUUGAAGCAUCGUCGACGUGGAGACCUAAGCAUCGACUUAAUCUCACCACAUGGCACUGUUAGUCACUUGUUACACGUGCGUCCAUUUGAUGAAUCGUCAGCAGGGUUAAAAGGUUGGUCCUUCAUGACGUUGUUUAAUUGGUGUGAAAAUCCGAAUGGUACUUGGCAAUUGGUGUUUACGGACAAUUUACCAAGCCAUCCGUUUAGCAAGGUAAAGAAACGCGAUAUGGAAGAAGAGUAUAUUCACAUGUUGGAUAAACGAAAGAAAGCACAAAUGGAAAAACGUCGACAAGGCUCAGAUGACGAGUCUGGUGUAACGACUACUGCUGAGAAACAAAUCUAUGGUGACGAAAGAGAUGCAAAAGAUUUAAAGAGGGAGUUUUACGAGUAUCAGAGAUCUAAAGCCGACGAAUACCGACGACGCAACGAAUACAAUCCGUACAAACGGGAGGAGAAUUACGAUCGGUACAGCGAUCAAAACGACGAUAAUUAUCGGUACCAACGUCAAUAUAACGGCCGAUAUAGGCGAGAAACGGGCGACGACGAAAAUGAUAAAACCGAUUAUAUGUUAUACAAGAAAAAUAACGGUUUGUCAUAUAAAUAUAAUGUGGAAGAUGAAGUUUUGAGCAAGAGUGUAUUAGCUGGUGAGGUUAAAAGUAUUUCAGUGACAUUUUAUGGCACUUCCUAAUAUGUAAACUAUGUUGCAUUUUACUAAAAAAUAUAUGGCAGUAUGUAAAUUAUGUAUUAUAUAUCGUGGUUUGUAACACAUUCAUUCUUUCUUUCUUUUCUUUUUUGCCACUGAGUAAACGAAUGGCACUUGUGUUUUAAUGAUUGAUCAUCCCCAAUAGUCAACAAAUGGCUUUAUUAUGUUCUGUUUUGAAUUAAUAGUUACGAAUGGAAGACAUCCUUUUAAAAUUUGUUUUUUGUUGUAUUGCUAUGUAUUUAUUUAGGUAUUAUAUUUAUGAAGACUAGCGUCCAUCUUAGUGGUAAAAUGUUUAUUUUUUCACGCUGCUAAGAUGGCUAGUCUACAAAAAUCUAGGGAUCAAGUUUUUUGUUGUAAAUUAUGUCAUUUGGGUAUUAAGUGGAGCGCAUCAUACA